AUGGCAGGCCCCAGGCAACAGCACAGCCUGAGUGACGAGGCCUCGGAGGAGUGCAUGGACAUCCUGGAAUACCAGGACAUCCUGGAAUACCAGGAACAGGACUCUGAGGAUCUGCAGAUGGAGGUUGACGUGGAAAUUGAGCUGCCAGAAGAGUCAUCCAGGCCCCAUGAGAAUAGGAUGCUGGUGUCACUGGGCAGUGAGCUGAAGGAAGGCACCGUUGAAGACCCACCAUUAAAGGGCAUCCAAACAGAAGUCCAGAUGAAGCACAGGAGCCCUCUCUUAGGCCAGGCCAACCCUGAGGUCUGGUCCAUUGAGCAGACACAAGAGGAUGUCCGCAGGAUCCACAUUGGCAAUGUGGACUAUGGAGCCACCGCACGAGAACUGAGAGCACACUUUCUCAACUGUGGCCUGGUCAACCGAGUGACCACAGCCUGCAACAAAUUCAGUGGCCGUCCCAAAGGCUUUGCCUUUGUAGAGUUCUCCCUCCAGGAUCCGAUGAGAAAUGCCGUGGCCUUAGAUACUUCUCAUUUUAGAGGAAGAAAAAUCAAAGUGAUGCCGAAACGAACCAACAGACCAGGCCUCAGCACAGCAGACAGGGGUUUCCACAGAGCACACCCCCGUGCCCAUUGCACCAAAUCCCAGGGAUCCUGCUCCAAAUUCUACAACAGUGAUUUCAAGAGCAAGGCCCAUGGUCAAGUCGAUAUGGGCCAUGCCUCCAGAAGCAGAGUCUAG